GCCGCCGCCGCCGCCGCCGCAGCAGCAGCAGCCGCGGUAGCAGCUGUUGGGAGGCGGCGAGCAAGCCGGUUGAGGCCUCGCCGCAAUGUGGCACGAGGCUCGGAAGCAUGAGCGCAAGCUUCGCGGCAUGAUGGUAGACUACAAGAAGAGAGCGGAGCGGCGCCGAGAGUACUACGAAAAGAUCAAGAAGGACCCCGCCCAGUUCCUGCAGGUACAUGGCCGCGCCUGCAAAGUGCACCUGGAUUCUGCCGUCGCCCUGGCCGCCGAGAGCCCUGUGAACAUGAUGCCCUGGCAAGGGGAUACCAACAACAUGAUCGACCGCUUCGAUGUUCGUGCCCACCUGGACCACAUCCCUGACUACACCCCCCCACUGCUCACCACCAUCUCCCCGGAGCAGGAGUCAGAUGAGCGGAAAUGUAACUACGAGCGCUACCGAGGCCUGGUGCAGAACGACUUCGCCGGCAUCUCGGAGGAGCAGUGCCUGUACCAGAUCUACAUUGACGAGUUGUACGGAGGUCUGCAGAGACCCAGCGAGGAUGAGAAGAAGAAGCUGGCUGAGAAGAAGGCUUCCAUCGGCUACACCUACGAGGACAGUACUGUGGCUGAGGUGGAGAAGGCAGCCGAGAAGCCAGAGGAGGAGGAGUCCCCGGCGGAGGAAGAGAGCAACUCGGAUGAAGAUGAGGUCAUCCCCGACAUCGAUGUGGAGGUAGAUGUGGACGAGCUGAACCAGGAGCAGGUGGCAGACCUCAACAAACAGGCCACCACGUACGGCAUGGCCGACGGGGACUUUGUCAGGAUGCUGCGGAAAGACAAAGAGGAAGCUGAAGCCAUCAAGCAUGCCAAGGCCCUGGAGGAGGAGAAGGCCAUGUACUCGGGCCGACGCUCCCGGCGCCAGCGGAGAGAAUUCCGGGAGAAGCGGCUGAGGGGCCGCAAGAUCAGCCCACCCAGCUAUGCCCGCCGAGACAGCCCUACCUAUGACCCCUACAAACGGUCGCCCUCGGAGUCCAGCUCUGAGUCCCGCUCCCGCUCCCGCUCCCCGAGCCCGGGCCGCGAGGAGAAGAUCACCUUCAUUACCAGUUUCGGGGGCAGCGACGAGGAGGCCGCUGCCGCCGCCGCCGCCGCUGCCGCUUCGGGGGCCGCCGCAGGGAAACCCCCCGUGCCCCCCCAGCCUGGCGGCCCCGCGCCGGGCCGCAAUGCCAGUGCCCGCCGCCGCUCCUCCUCCUCCUCCUCCUCGGCCUCGAGGACGUCCAGCUCGCGCUCCAGCUCGCGCUCCCGCCGGGGCGGCCACUACCGCUCGGGCCGCCACGCCCGCUCCCGCUCCCGCUCGCGCUCCUGGUCCCGCUCGCGCUCGCGCUCCCGGCGCUACUCUCGCUCCCGCAGCCGCGGGCGGCGGCACUCGGGCGGCGGUUCCCGGGACGGACACCGUUACUCGCGCUCGCCCGCCCGGCGCGGCGGGUACGUGCCCCGGCGGCGGAGCAGGAGUCGCUCUCGCUCAGGGGACCGUUACAGGCGAGGUGGCCGGGCCCCCAGACACCACAGUAGUAGCCGCAGCCGCAGCAGUUGGUCUUUGAGCCCAUCCCGCAGCCGCAGCCUGACUCACAGCCGAAGUCGCAGCCCCAGCCAGAGCCGGAGUCGGAGUCACAGCCACAGCCAGAGUCACUCGCCAUCGCCCCCAAGGGAGAAGCUGACCAGGCCGGCAGCAUCCCCUGCUGUGGGCGAGAAGCUGAAAAAGACCGAGCCUGCCGCUGGUAAAGAGACAGGAGCUGCCAAACCCAAGCUGACUCCGCAGGAGAAGCUGAAGCUGAGGAUGCAGAAAGCGCUCAACCGCCAGUUCAGGGCGGAUAAGAAGGCGGCUCAGGAGAAGAUGAUACAACAGGAGCACGAGCGGCAGGAACGGGAAGAUGAGCUCCGUGCCAUGGCCCGCAAGAUCCGGAUGAAGGAGCGGGAGCGGCGGGAGAAGGAGAGAGAAGAGUGGGAGCGCCAGUACAGCCGCCAGAGCCGCUCGCCCUCCCCCCGCUACAGUCGAGAUUACAGCUCUUCCCGCAGGCGCUCCAGGUCCCGGUCACGAAGCCCCCAUUACCGGCAUUAGGCAGACAAGUGUGUGUGUGUGGGAGGGGACGUGGUUGAGUUGUAGCUCUGGUUUUAUCUAGUCAAAAUAAAAGCCAAUGUUAUUUAAUGCC